UAGAUUUAGCUAGUAGGAAAUAAUAAAAAAAUUAUCAUUGAACCAAUAUUUGGUUUAAUAUUUUCUAUGCGUCUGUCUCAAUGUCAAUUGUUGCAAAUGGGCUUUUCUGUCAGUGCGUAGAUUGUUUUAGAGUUUUAUGUGUAUGUGAGGAAAUAUUAAGCAGUUGUAGGCCACGGCUUUAGUAAUAAUUUAGAUAUCCGAGAGCAACAGCGUGAAUGACUUAAACCGAUAAAACUCUACCGGUCGUACCAAAAUCUACGUUAAUAAGUUGGCUUUGAUAUCGGGCGGAUGUACUUUCCGUUAUCACUUAAUUCCCCAGCAGGCAGCCACAGGACUCGCGAGCGAACAUGGACAACAACUACAGCUUCUCGUCGUACCACAACGGCGGUCCGGGCCGGGAGAAGGACUUCCAGAAACUGGCCCAAACGGUCGGCACCAGUAUUCAGAAAAUAUCUCAAAAUGUGUCGUCGAUGCAGAAGAUGGUGAACCAGCUGGACACGCCACAGGACUCCCAGGAGCUCAGGAACCAGCUCCACCAGAUACAGCACUACACACAGCAGCUAGCCAAGGACACGAGUGCCAACCUCAAGGACCUGUCCAGCCUGCCGGCCCCCGCCUCCAGCUCCGAGCAGAGGCAGUGGAAGAUGCAGAAGGAGCGGCUGGCGGACGAGUUCACGUCCGCGCUCAACACGUUCCAGGCGACGCAGCGCCGCGCCGCGCAGAAGGAGAAGGAGAAGAUGCAGCGCGUGCGCGCCAACUCCGGUCUGGACGACCCCUUCGCGGGCUCCCGAGGGCCGAGGUUCAGCGACCAGCUGAUAGAGCUGCAGGACAGCCGCGGCCCGGCGCAGGCCCAGUCGCAGCUGGACGACGAGCUGAACCUGCAGAUGCUGGAGGAGCAGGAGCAGGCCAUCCGCCAGCUGGAGAGCGACAUCUACGACGUGAACCAGAUCUUCAAGGAGCUGGGCGCGAUGGUGCACGAGCAGGGGGAGGUGGUGGACAGCAUCGAGGCGAGCGUGGAGAAGACGGAGGUGUUCGUGGGCGAGGGCACCAGCCAGCUGCGCCAGGCCAGCAACUACAAGAACAAGGUCCGCAGGAAGAAGUUCAUCCUGGGGGCAUGUCUGCUCGUCGUGUUGGCGGUGAUUGUCGGCAUCAUCGCCUGGCAGACGUCAUAAUGAAGACCGGCGGGCGGGAGGCUGGAAGACGACUUGUGUUGGAAAAUAUUACUCUGCAAUGGUUUGUGUAUGUUACGAUAAUGUUACGAAUGUACGAGCAUGCAUUCCCGGACUGCCAGACACCUCGUGCG